UGAUUUCUCAUUGCGCAUGCGCUAACCCUGGUGCCCGGUGUCCGGUGUCAGACUGUCAGCAGCUGCUGAGACCAUGAACGGUUGGACCGGAUCGGUACUGACAGCCCCAGAGUAACGGUACAGACCCGGUAGUGAACCAGAACUGAGCCAGUACUGAAACUGCAACUGAAGCUAACGGAGCUAACGGAGCUAACGGAGCGUCAGCUGUUAGCUAACGGAGACUAACGGAGGCUAACGGAGCUAACCGCCGGGACACGCCGCUCUGACCCGGUUCGGUUUGAGCCGGGAUGCUGAUAGCAGCAGUCGGUCCUGGAACCGGUAACAGCUCCGGUAAGAAGCACCGACGGAGAGGCAAAAAACAUCGGAGAGUCCGGACUGACGAGAACCGGCCUGAUGACCUCUGUGACCUUCGGAGUUUAAACAGGAGUGCCCCCCCUACGUCGGUGCAGAGCUACCCCCAAACCACCAGGCUGCCCCCCAACAAUCCUCCAGAAACGCCAGGAAAUACGCAGACGCACACCGAAGACCAUGAAUCCACUACAGGACCCCAACAGAACCCCCACAGUGCCCCCGGGACCCCCUCACCACCUCCCCAGAGGCCUUUGAAGACCACCCCAGCUCUUCUGGAUGCAAUAGAUCUCCCUGAACCUCUAGAACGUAGCCUCCAGAUUUUCAGCCACUCACCACCUGCCCACAGUCCCAGCCAAUCACCGCCAACUGUUAACCAAAAUAUUACACAGAAUUCCUCCAGAUUGCCUCACAGAACUCUUUCUAACAGCCAAACAGAUCGCUUCAAAUCACCUCCAUCUACACCACACAAUGUUACCGAGAAUGCCUCUGAACUACAAUCACUUCCUUCCCACCUUCCUACCAGAGCUCCUCCCAGCCCUCACGUAAGCCCCUCCCAUCCCGACCCCUUCAUCCUGACCUCUGUGACAUUUACAUCCAGCGUCUCCUCCCAACUUUACCCCCCCAUCUGCUCCUCCUCCUCCUCCUCCUCCUCUGUCCUCCGCUCCCUCGACUCCUUCGCCCCCCACGCCGGUCUGCUGCCCAUGAUGUCAUCAGCCCCCCCUCAGCUGACCACACCCCCUCCGACUUUGAGCCCCCCCCCUCCUGAGUUAACCCCGCCCCCUGCACAGCUGCUGGGCUCUGACGAUGAAGAGCAGGAAGACCCCUCAGAUUACUGCAAAGGUGGUUACUACCCGGUGAAGAUCGGUGAUCUGUUUAACGGGAGGUACCACGUGGUCAGAAAACUGGGCUGGGGACAUUUCUCUACAGUGUGGCUCUGCUGGGACCUACAGAAGAAACGUUUUGUGGCGCUGAAGGUGGUAAAGAGUGCUCCACAUUACACUGAGACGGCUCUGGACGAGAUCAAACUGCUCCGAUGUGUGAGAGACAGCGACCCCUCUGACCCCUACAGAGAAACCAUCGUCCAACUGAUCGACGACUUCAAGAUCUCUGGAGUCAACGGAAUCCAUGUCUGUAUGGUUCUGGAGGUUUUGGGUCAUCAGCUGUUAAAAUGGAUCAUUAAGUCAAACUAUAUGGGACUUCCGCUGGUCAGUGUGAAGACCAUCAUCAGACAGGUGCUGCAGGGUCUGGACUACCUCCACACUAAGUGUAAGAUCAUCCACACCGACAUUAAGCCAGAGAACAUCCUAUUGGACGUUGACGAGGUUUACAUCAGGAAAUUGGCGGCUGAGGCGACCAUCUGGCAGAGAGCUGGAGCCCCGCCCCCUUCUGGGUCAUCAGUUAGCAUGGCUCCCAGGGAUGUACAGGUCGGUAAACUGUCUAAGAACAAGAAGAAGAAGUUGAAGAGGAAAGCAAAGCGUCAACAGAGACUGUUGGAGGAGAGACUGGUGGAUAUACAGAGGUUGGAGGAGGAAGACGGGAUGUUGUUGCAACCUGAGGACACAGACAGUAACUGCUCUUUGGUCGUCAACGGCAACACUUCCUGCUCCACAGCAAAUAGCAAAGCGAGCCCAGAGUCCACCUGCUCCUGGUUGGAGGAAAAGUGUAAUGGCCAGGCCCCUGGACGGUUCUCCAGCCCUGCCUCCGGACUGUCAGGGUUCUCCAGCUCUGUGUUGUCAGCAACGUCGGAGUCAGCACUUUCUACUCAGUCAGGAUACUCGAGUGGACGAGAUGUGUUCAGUGCCUCAGACUUCGUCCUCAGUCCUCUGGAUCCUCUCAAUGCUCACAAACUCAGAGUGAAGAUUGCUGAUCUGGGAAAUGCAUGCUGGGUGCACAAACACUUCACUGAAGACAUUCAGACCCGACAGUACCGAGCUCUGGAGGUUCUGAUUGGAGCAGAGUAUGGGCCCCCCGCCGACAUCUGGAGCACUGCCUGCAUGGCGUUUGAGUUGGCGACAGGAGAUUAUCUGUUUGAACCUCAUUCAGGAGAAGAUUACACCAGAGAUGAAGAUCACAUCGCUCACAUCAUCGAGCUGCUCGGCCCGAUCCCUCUGCCCUUCGCUCUGUCUGGCAGGUACUCCAGAGAGUACUUCAACAGGAGAGGUGAGCUACGGCACAUCUCCAGUCUAAAGCCGUGGGGUCUGUUCGAGGUUCUGUUGGAGAAGUACGAGUGGCCGUUGGAUCAGGCGGCUCAGUUCAGUGACUUCCUGUUGACCAUGUUGGAGCUGCAGCCGGACCGCAGAGCGACCGCAGCCCAGUGUCUGCAGCACGCCUGGCUCAACACAUAGACACUCACUAUGUACACUGAUAUACACACUGAUAUACACACACUUAUACAUACACUGACUGUUAGAAAUCACACACUAACGUACUACAUACUCAGUAUGUACUGCACACGUUGUACUAAAUGAAGUGUGCAGACUGUUCCUACUGGAGUUUGUAUCACAGGACUUUAUCACAACGCUGUGCAGAUUGAUUACGAGCUGCAAUAAAGAUCAAUAUUAACAUCAUAGAUAGAGCGGGUAGUAUAAUAAUAGCAUAUGUAUUAUUCUGUGCGGUUUAACCUACGACACAUUUAUUUUAAUUGUGAACUGUCUGUCUGUCCUUUGUAGCUAGCACCAGCGCACUAAUAUAUGAACUAUUAUCACUAUCUGCUCCACUGAGCUCAGCUAAUAAUCCACA